AUGGGAGCGGAGUAUCCCACCUACGACGACGUCUCCGGGGCCCGUGCCCUCCUCUUCCUCGCCGACUCCACACCCCCGCCGGCCCCGCCUUCGCCGACUCCCGCUCUCAGCGACGAGUUCUCCUGCUACUCGGGCUCCUCGUUCUCCUACUCCGGCGCGUCGGCGAGGUCGUGCGUCUCCGACUCGGCGCAGCGCGGCCGCCCCGUCGACCCCCUCCGCGUGCUCUCCGUCGUCGCCUCCCUCCGCCGCGUCGACCCUAAGGUGCUCGCCGAGGCCACAAGCGAGCUGUUCCAUACCGACGCAGAGAAGAAACGGAAGGGCGUGUGGAUCGAGAUCGACAGCGGCGGCGACGAGGAUGACCAGAGCGAGAGGAGCAGCGCCGUGGCCAGCGAGGGGAGCACCGUCACGGCCGUCGCGUCCGCGGGCUCCACGGCCACGUCGGGGAGAUGCCACCGGGCUCCGCGGGCGGGUUGUCCUGCUGGUGGGACUGGGAAGGGGCCGAGGAGGGCGGACGUGAUCAUGCGGUGGUUUUCACGGCCGCAAGCUGGGCCAGCCACCGAGAAUGACAUCCGCGCCGCCGUCGGCGACAACUCCGGCACGAGCAAGGCGAUACGCUGGCUGCUGAAGCAGGAGGGCGGCUUGCGGCGUGCAGGCACUGGUGGUGCCCUGGAUCCGUAUGUUUAUAUGGUCGCAGACUGA